AUGUCCACAGGCUCAGAGGGUUCAGAUAUUAACAAAAAGGCCUAUCAGGAGUCAUUCUCCGAUGGCCCGGUUGUCAUUGAGAAGGCUGAUGAGGUCGAAUCCGGUCGGCUAGGCGGCUUUUAUGGCAAUUUGAUGUCGAUGUUCCAUGGUGAAACUCGUGGUAUCGAGCGUGUUCCUGAGGAGGAAAAGACGCAAACCUCUAUUUAUACUGCGGGUACCAUGUGGCUUUCGGCAAAUAUGGUUAUCGCCACCUUCUCUCUUGGUGCUCUUUCGUAUUCUCUUUUCGGAUUGGACUUUGGUACUUCUGUGCUUGUCAUCUUUUUCUUCAGUGUUCUUGGUGCCUUGCCAGUUGCUUUCUUCUCUGUUUUCGGUGCCAAGUUCGGAUUGAGACAGAUGAUAUUGUCUCGUUUCCUUGUUGGUAAUGUUGGAAUGCGUAUUUUCGCCUUUAUUAAUGUUGUUGCAUGUGUCGGUUGGGGUGCCGUCAACAUUAUGAGUUCUGCCCAGCUUUUGCACAUUGUUAACAACGGUGCUCUUCCACCUUGGGCAGGUUGCCUUAUUUUGGUCGUCUGCACCAUUCUUGUCACCUUCUUUGGUUACAACGUCAUUCACACCUACGAAAAGUGGUCCUGGAUUCCAAACUUUGUUUGCUUUAUUGCCAUUAUCGCCAGACUUUCCAUUGCUCACGUUUUCAAGGCUGGUGUCCAGAACGAUGCCGGAGAGUGGGUGACCUGGGGAUCUGGAAGGACUUUCGCAGGUGACGUUUUGUCCUUUGGAGGUACCGUUUUCGGUUUUGCUGCUGGCUGGACCACUUAUGCUGCCGACUACACUACUUACAUGAGAAAGGACUCUUCAAGUGUUAAGAUCUUCAUGGGUGUUCUUAUUGGUUUGUGCUUCCCAUUGAUCUUCACGCUUACUUUGGGUGCCGCAGCUGUUACCGGAAUCAAGACUGAUGAGACAUACUCAAACUUGUACGAUGAGUAUUCGGUUGGUGGUCUUGUGUACGCAAUUUUGGUGGAGAAGUCACUUCAUGGCUUUGGUCAGUUCCUUUGUGUUCUCUUGGCUCUUUCUACCGUCUGCAACAACAUUCCAAAUAUGUACUCUAUUGCUCUUGGAGCACAGGCCCUUUGGUCUCCAUUCUCUAAAGUUCCUAGAGUUGUUUGGACUAUUCUUGGUAAUGCCGCCACUUUGGCCAUUUGCAUUCCUGCUUACUACAAGUUUGCAGCCGUUGUUGAUAACUUCAUGAACCUUAUUGGUUACUACUUGGCUAUUUAUGACGCUAUUUGCCUAACUGAGCACUUUGUCUUCAGAAAAGGCUUUUCUGGAUACAACAUCGAGGAUUACGCUGAUUUGAAGAAGGUCAACCCAGGUUGGGCCGGUGCAUUUGCCUUCUGCUGUGGUGCGGCUGGUGUUGUUGUUGGUAUGAACCAGACUUGGUACAUGGGUGUUUUGGCCCAGAAAAUUGGUGAUUACGGUGGAGAUAUUGGUUUCGAACUUGCUGCUGGCUUCACUUUCAUUGGAUAUAUGAUUGCAAGACCUUUGGAGAAAAAGCACUUUGGUCGCUAA